AUGCUUUCCAUUUCCUGCUCUGCGCCGCCGCCGCCGCCGCCGCCGCCGCCGCCACCGCCGCCCCCUCACUGGAGAGCAGGUUCUUUUUUUAAGCCCCCCGUCUGCAGCAUUACCCGCACCCCUCCCCCGUCUACCGCCAACUGCAUCCAGUUCAUCCACUCUCAAAUCCGCUUCUACAGCUCAUCCCUUCAUCCCCUUUCCAAUGAACUUUCUCGACUCAAGUGUUUGCAACAAUCUGCAAUCUUCACCGUCUAUGUUGUAUCUAGGGCGAAACGUGACACUUCCGAUGAGGAGAUCAAGCGACUUAUUGAGCAGUUGGAUGCUGACGAGAAGAGGCGGGUUCAAGAAGGGACAGAGAAGAGUGAAGAAGACAUAGACGGCUCAGAUGUUGAGGAUGAAGAAGAGGUCGUGCAAGUGAAUGAGCGUGACAGCGGUUCAGAGGUUUCUGCAGAGGAAACAGAUGAAAUAGAGAUUGAUAAUACUGACGGCGCUUUUGGCGAAACGGCCACCACGGGAAACAAGCGUGGCACAGCGCGCCCUCGAGACGGCAGAGCAGGGCUGCGGCGGGACGAGGAGGCUGGCAGAACGCCGCCGCUGCUGCCACGUCGCGGGGGCGCCAGACACAUAAUGGCCUCGCGCGCCAUCCAUCACGCCGAAAGAGCGAACCGUGCGGCGGUGCGCUGCGGCGCGGCGUGA